CCGCCGCCGUCGCCACCGCCACUGGUCGCCACUGGCCCACGUCGUCCGCAGUGAUGCCGUAACCGCGACACGCCGCUGCAUCGUACUAUAUGACUGCCGCACCGACCAGCAAUAGUUAUUCAAACCAUUAUCAUAUCAUACCACAAGAACAUACAAAUUAUUUAAAUAUAAUUUAUGGAUAAUUACAAUUAGAAUAUCAGAACACCAUCCAAUAAUGUGCUUAUAUAAGUUUUAUGAAAUAUGAAUACAUUAUUAUGCAAAUAACAACAUACACAUAUGAUGUAAUAUAUAUAUAUAUAUAUAUAUAAACGCUUUCACAGAAUGAUGUAGGUAUCCUAAUCGGGUGAUGCUGAGUGAUGAACGGCGAUCUAGAGUUGGUGACCGUGUUGGCAGUCUGUGGCGUGGCCGCCCUAGCCACGUUCAUAAACGGAUACGUCUUAUUAGUCAUACUACUUAGCAAACGGACGAGUUCACCGAUAAACGUGUUGCUUACGCACUUGAGUGCUGUGGAUUUGAUUGUCUGCAUUUCUGUACUGGUGUCCAUUUUACCGGAGACAUUUAACCAGUACGAAAAAGUCGCUCCGUGGUUGUGUCCCGUUCACGGAUUUCUGUUUAAUUUCCUACAUCCAAUGGCCAUUUGGACAGUGUGUGGUCUCAACUGUGACAGAUAUUAUGCAAUUGCGGCACCGUUGCAUUACGGAACACUAGUAAACAGCCGCAAAAUCAUGUUGGGACUCUGUGGCACAUGGAUUGUAUGCUUGUUGAUCUCAUUGCCACCGGUUUUCCGGUUAGUUCCUUACUCUUAUCAACCGGGCUUGCCUGUUUGUACAACAGAUUUCAGCAAAGGUCGAGCUACUAUUUUUUAUAGCAUUUUCUAUACUACCAUUACUCUAGUACUACCAUGUGUCAUCAUACUUGGAUGUAACAUAAAAGUGUUCACGAUCGCCCGGUACCACAGGCACCGCAUAGCGUCGGCGAUAUUCGAAGUGACGCUAUCAGCACAGGUGACCAUCACGCACCAGCGGAAUCCGUUCUUCCUGCCCACGGCGAUGGCCAACAAGCUGCGCCGGAGCAACGCGUUCUCCGCCGUGUUCCAGAUCGUCGGCUCGCUGGCCGUGUUCUACCUGCCGUACUACUGCGUGUGCCUGUACGAGUCACUGUGCGCGGCAGUGGGCGCGCCGCCGCGCACCGACCCGGCGGUCAAGUCGCUGUCGUUCGCCCUCAUCACCGGCUCGGCGCUGUGCAACGGGCUGCUGUACGGCAUCAAGAACAAGCUGCUGAAGAAGACGUACCAGAACUACCGGCGCAAGAUGAUGACAAAGUGCGAGGUGAACCAGGAAAUCCAGGCCCGGACGCCGUCGGCGUGCGGGUCGCGCAGACCGUCGCUGACGCCAGUGGCCGCGGCCGCCGGCCACGGCAAGACGGCGGUGGCCCAGACCGGGUCGGCGACCGCGGCCACGCCGCUGCUGCUGCUCUGCAGCCGCCGGUCGUCGCUGAUGAGCCUGUCCGAGACGGGCGAACCGCCGGCGCCGGUCAGGCGUCUGCCCGGCGCCACGUGUUCGGCCAACGCCCUGGACUUUGGCAAUUUUUACGCGGACGUCCGGUUCAACGACGGCGCCGGUAGUGGCGGCGGCGGCGGCGGCGUCGGCGGUGGUUCGUCCAUCAGGCGGUGCUACUCGUCGACCACCAACGACGGCGGACCGGACCGGGGCAGCCGGUGCGCGGUGGCCAACAGGAGCGCGUUCGUCCGGCGCAUAUUGCGCGACUCGCGACGAUCGCCCAGGAUAUUGAUCACGAGGGCCAUGUCCGAGGAGAGCGAACCGUACGCGUCGGAACAGAGCAGCGGCGGCGGCGCGGCUGUCUGCGGCCGGAACGACCGCAGGGUCGGCGGCCACAAGCUGUCGUCGUCCGCCGUCACGCUGUUCAUCGACGACUGCAGGCCCGGCAGCGGCCGCGUCCACUGUCCGGACGUCGACUUCAACUUCGACGACGACGAUUGCAUCGGCGGCGGCGGCGGUGUCGGCGGCUGCGAUGACGACGACGAAGACACGUCGCUGGCCUACUAUAGCAGUCCGUCUUCCAGCAACGACGGAAGCGGAUGCGCUCCGAACGACGGCCUCGCGCGGUUUACCAGACUCUCCGCGUAAGGCCCGCGAUCGUGGUGGCGGCGGUCCGGGCACGCUGUAUUUUUUUCUAUUAUUAUUAUUAUUAUUGUUGUUGUUCAACGACGAGGCGAUUCUCCGUUCGUCGUCACUCUCCUCGCACGCGUGAAAGUUGCAUUUGUAUACUGAAACCGAAUUUUAUCGGUUUCUAUAUUGUUUAUUAUCUCGUGCGCGAUUCUCUCGAAGUCGAAACGGUGUUCCUGUACGCAAUGACACGACAGCUGAUCGCGAUGAUGCCGAUCCGUCGAGUGAACUCAAUGAUCGCCGUAGUAUACUUACUUACCUACAAUAUUAUAUUAUAGUAUUGUACUUUAUUGAAACGAUACAUGUGUAAUAUUAAUCGUGUAUGAAAAUACUAUAAUGCUUAAGAGAUAGUCAAAUGAAAAAAUGUAGAUGAAAAUAUUACUCGGACGUGUAUUACCUACCUAUAAUAUCACCAUCGUAUAAAUUAUUGUGUAACUCGGAUACUUUGACAGGAC